UGAAAAUUGCGCAUCUCCUUUAGCUAAUUUACAGAAGAUGGGCACCUCAGGCUCAGUUGUACUUUGUAGAGAAAACCUGUGCCUCUCAAGAGCCUCUUCCAUUCAGCAGAGGGCAGUGAUCUUGCAUCCACACUGUCUCCUCCUCGCAGACUUGUUUGGCCUCUUCAUCUCUGUGCAGAUCAUCAGAUGGUCACAGAAACUCAGCACUAUGGAGAACAGGUCAAUACCUUGCACAGCAGUGGCAGGUCAUUCAGGAAUGGAGUCAUACCAAGAAAAUGCUGCCUUGUGGGGAUUCUUUAACCAAUUUCAGGCUCUGUGUAGUGGAAAACCUCAGGAGGGGAACCCAAGACAGCACUGUCAGUCCAAUCAUCAGAUAACAUUUGUUUUACUGCCUGAUUUGAAAACAUUCUCAUUUUGGAUGCCUCGAUUCAAUUGCAUUAAUAGGAAAAACUUCCCUGCUCACUGUGUGGAUCCUUGGACUGUGUGUCUCUGUGGGCAUAAAAAGUCCAAAAUUUCUAGUCCUUUUGGGAAGUGGGAACCUCAAUGCCUUCAGAAAAGUGACCUCACAUGGCAUGUCUCCACUGUCAGUCUUGAGCAUCUGUGGCAGAAUCACCAAGUGAAUCCAAAUCAUCAAACUUCCUCGCAAUUACAAGGAAUCUGCUCCCAUCUGCUAUCACCCUGGCUGCUUUUCUCCAUGGCUUUACCAGUCGGGCUGGCCAGAUCUGAGAGUGGCAUUUGAGACAGAGGAAUACUGCGCAAGCACAGGUUUGUGACGCAGUAUCCAUUUCCUGGCUUCGUAAUCCUUUUCUAACAGUUUCCCUCAUUUUAUUUGUAUUUUUAGCCUCCUGUGAGUUCAUGAGGUGGCUGUUUUUGGAGUCCUACCCAUAACAGCGCAACAAACGUAGAAGCUAAUUUAGAGAGCUUGAUUGCAUAUAGGAGGGUUAUUUUAUCAGCUAAUUUAUCACUCACUUUCUUGAUACUAUGAGGUCCUUCUACAGACAGGUUUAGAUUUGACUAUCCCGAGUAGUUCUGAAACAUCUGCAAACUCAUCAUUUCACUGCUCAUCUCCAGCACUACCAGAGGCGCCGGCCUGCUCAGCUGCUGUGACUUGUGAGGUCAGGGCAUGAACGCCAGCUCCUGUCAUUCCCUGAACUUUCUAUUUGUUGACUGCACAGAUCAGUCAAAUAUCAGCCAUGGAAAUGAAGGAAAUAGGUAGGUUUAAGAAAUAUCAAGUACAACCACAGCGGCAGAAGGAUCCUUGUUAACAAAGACGAUGGAAGUGCUUUCUUCAAAUAAAAAGAGGUUUAUUAAGAUAAUGAGAAUGACACUGUGGUGUGGGUGUUGUACAUCUAUUGCAGCAUUAAGAGAAACAACAGCAAGUACAAAAUCCUGCAGAACUUCUAUAGUCAUUAUUAUCACAGCCUAUCUUGUCCAUGCUACAGUUUUGUGUAUCCAAAACUUCAUUCCCAUUUCUAAUGGCAGAAAAACCAGAGACUUUCAUCUUUCAAAAACAAAACAAAAACAAAACAAAAUAAAACAACAAAAAAAAAAGAUUCAAUUCGAUAUAAAUAACUUGCACUGGACAUCUUAAAACUUUCAGAUUUAAUUACACAUAAAUAAAUAUAUACAGAUUCAGAACAGUUCAGUUUGGCCUGGUUCAAGUUCUGCUCCUUGUGCUUUAUUAAUUAUUAUUAUUAUUAUUAAUUUUAGAAACUUCUGUGCUGUUAUCUGUAGGUUGUGGAGUUGUAAUAAGUCCCGGGUAUGACUUAACCUGCUUUAUCCCCUGCAGUAGCAGUCGGAAGCUCUCCGCGGUCGGUUCCUGCCCUGGGAAGGACCGGGGUGAGGUUUGUUCCUCCCCUCGUGGCACGGCUCAGGGCUCCACGGCCCUGGGAAACCCACGAGGGGUCUGUUUGAAAACUGUAAACGAAGUCUGAAACUGCUUCAAAUCCAAAGCAGUUCUGCUGGCAAUUUUCUCCUGGCCUGGCUUUAGGGCUGGGCUGUAGGUGGGGAAAUUGGAAGGUUUCCUCUGUGUUUGCCUGUUGAAACCAGCUGAUAAAUCCAGGUACAGCCAGCGACCCAACUCCCUGCCCUCUUCUGCUCGUUCCUCUGCUCCUUGCACUGAGGAGGCCUCGUCUCGCUCUUCUCAGUUAGAACAAAUUCCUGGAGCAUGUCAGGAUUUCGUUAUGGGCUUUC